UUUGAGCAAAGUUUGUGGAUAAUCAUCAGUCUUUGUUUAUGAAUUGACCGACGAUUAUGGAGUACAUUUUCAUCUCGAGAUAAGCCUCCUUCUACUCUAUGGAUGAUUAUUAGAGGAUUCACAACAUUCGAAAGUGUGAAAUAUUGAGCCACAUCAGUGGAAAACGAAUUUUGCUUCUUAUCUAGAAAGGAGACCAAACUUUCUGAAAGUAUCAAACCACCUUAGCGGUGCCACGAUGGUGCUGCUACCCCGGGGUUCCGCCGCGGUCAGCGGCCUUGAUAGGACUGCUCGAAGCAGCAUGCUGUGCCUCAGUUAUUUUCUUGGUGGUAUUUUCUGUAUUUUUGUGUCGAUCCCCUUCUAUACUUCCAAUGCCCAACGCUUAUAUGGACAAACUACGACUGGAAUUAUGAAUGGCAGAUAUGUUUCCCCAACUGCUUUGAGAGGACCUCACGUUUGUAGAUCGGCGACGACGGGUCAAACUACAUGUUGUCCAGGCUGGACAGUCAACAGAGGGAGCAGACAAUGUAUACAACCUACGUGCAGAGGAACUUGCGAAGGAGGGGGUACAUGUACCGCCCCCAACAGGUGCACGAGAUGUCAGAGUUCACCCAUGGGCUACCAGUGUCAAAGUGGGCAUCCUAUGGUCGCAGGGGUCAGCUACAGAGGGCCAUCCUACACAGGCAACUGGCAGCUUAUAAGAAGAACUACAAUCAGCGCACCUAGGUAUGUCUCUGGCUACCAGACACCCCGGCAGAACGGUGGCAGUCAGAAUCCCACUAACUCUGGCAUUAGCCGGACAGUCGUCCACACCACUGGUCAGAUUCCUUCCAGGACGUCCAUCCACACCACCGGCCAGGUCAUCAGGCAGAACAUCGGUAGAGGAUCGGUCCAGACCUCUGCCCUGAACAGUCCCAGGACUGGGGUGAUCUCCUACCAGCAGAUACUGUCCAGACAGAACCCUUCAUCAUCAUCAUCCUAUAGCUGUAGGUCCAGGGGGUGUGACUACAGGUGUCAGGUCGGAAGCAACGGUCAGGUCCAGUGCAUCUGUCCACCAGGUUACAGGCUUGGUACAGACCAGAGGAGCUGUGUAGAUGUUGACGAGUGUAGUCGAUAUCCUGGUCUUUGUCAGCAAGGAUGCCAGAAUACACUUGGAGGAUACCGCUGCAUCUGCUCAAGUGGGAUGCUUACAGCUAAUAGGAGGACAUGCUCUGGGGGAUGCCAGAGCUGUAAUUCCAAUAUCAGACCCAAUCCAAGACCCAAUCCGAGACCAAACCCGCAACCAAACCCAAGACCGUACCCAUUUCCCAAUACAAACACCAAUAGCAAUCUUAAUCCAAAUCCAAGCCCAGGAUCCACCUGCCCACCCGGUUCUGUGCAGAGGAGAACUGCAGAAGGCAUCCAAUGUGUCGAUGUGAAUGAGUGUCAGAAUUCACAGUGCGACCAGCGGUGUGUGAAUACUGAAGGAGGAUACAGCUGUGAAUGUGGAACUGGGUUUACUCUCUCGCCAGACAAACAAAGAUGUAUAGAUGUUGAUGAGUGUCGACAGAGCCAGUGGCAGCCGUGUCAUCACAACUGUGAGAACACCGCCGGUAGCUACAGGUGCUCCUGUAGACAAGGGUUCAGACUGCAUAUGAAUGGAAGGUCAUGUAUCGAUAUCGAUGAGUGCAGGCAGAAUGGAGGGCCUAGUGUUUGUCAUCACAUGUGCCUCAACACCCAUGGUAGUUACACCUGCCAGUGUAGACAAGGGUUUGAACUACAAGAAGACAGCAUGACUUGUGGAGAUAUUGAUGAGUGUGCCAGUCUACCACAUGGGUGCACAGGAAAGUGUAUUAACACCAUUGGGUCGUAUCACUGUAACUGUGCUAAAGGCUACUCCAGUAUUGCAGGGAGAUGUGUCGAUUUGAACGAAUGCAGAACGGCUAACGGCGGGUGUCAGCAUCUAUGUAUGAACACAGAAGGAAGCUACUUCUGUACCUGCCGAACGGGCUACUCUCUCAGAUCAGACUCUAGGACCUGCUCAAGUAUGAAUGCUUGCGAGAGGUAUGGUGCUGUUUGUGAGUUUGGUUGUGACGAGGUUGCAGGCUCAUAUAGAUGCAGAUGCCCCGAGGGAUUCCAACUACAUAGUAACGGACAGAACUGUGUUGACAUCAACGAGUGCUCCCAGGAGAGGGGUCUAUGUCACUACCAAUGUAUCAAUACCAAGGGUUCCUACCGGUGUCUUUGUCCCCCUGGGUACGAGCUUGGUCUGGAUGGAAGGAUGUGUACUGAUGUGAAUGAAUGCCUUCAGGAUCAUGGAUGCCAGUUUGGUUGCGAAAACACGGCUGGUAGCUUCCGAUGUACUUGUCCUCCUGGAUACGAAGGACUUGGAUACGCAGACUGUCAGGCGCCCAGUGAAUGUACAGAUGGAUUGUGUUCACACAAAUGCAUCAACACAGCAGAUGGGUUCAGAUGCCAAUGCCCUUCAGGCAUGAGAUUGCAUAACAAUGGAAGACAUUGCGAAGAUGUUGAUGAGUGUGCCACGCCCACCCAGGGAGGCUGCCAGCACAACUGUCGGAACACCCUUGGUAGCUAUGUAUGUUCCUGUGAGGAAGGUUACCUGCUUCAUGUGGACCAGAGGCAGUGCACCCCAGGACCUGAUUGUACCACCUGCGAUAAUUGCCCCAGGGGCGAGAGACUCAACCAUGAGACUGGCUUGUGCCAAGAUCUGAAUGAGUGCAACGUGGCCAACGCAGGAACCACCAUGCCCUGCCGAGACCCCCGCUGCCCCGACGGACCAGAGCCCAAGUGCAGCCAUUCCUGCGUCAACACCCCAGGGGGCUACUACUGCACCUGUCCUCCAGGUUACACUCUUAGCCCUGAUGGACACACUUGCUUUGAAGUACCCAGAUCCCCUAUGUGUAGCCCAGGUUGUGUGAACGGGGGCACCUGCCGCUAUGCUCCACAUUGCACCGGCAUGCCAGCUUGUCCCACAGCAUGUGCCUGUCUCUGGGGCUUCUUUGGCCCUGCUUGUGAAUAUGGUGAAAACCCACAAGUCUGUCAACCACCCUGUCUAAAUGGAGGCUCUUGUGUGGAGGGAAGGUGUGUUUGUCAACCAGGUCUAACAGGAAGAACAUGUGCCACUGAUAUCAAUGAGUGUCUGCAACGAGACCUUUGCCAGUAUCAAUGCAGAAACACCUUCGGCAGCUACGCCUGUAUCUGCCCUGCCGGUUCUAGUCUGAAUGCUGACGGUGUCACCUGCAGUAGUGUUGGAUGCUUCCCAGAGUGUAUGAACGGAGGUGUAUGUAACAAUAGCAGGUGUAUCUGUCCAAGAGGAUACACAGGAGCAACAUGUUUCCAAGAUGUGGAUGAGUGUUCUAAUCAGAAUGGAGGUUGCGAGCACAUCUGUAGGAAUAUACUAGGCAGCUAUGUCUGCUUCUGUCCUCUUGGAUCAACAGUCAACCCUGAUGGACAUACGUGCUCAGGCGGUCAAUGCUUCCCACCGUGUGAGAACAAUGGAACCUGUGUCAACAGACGAUGUGUGUGUCCACCUGGAUACCAAGGUCCAACAUGCCAGUAUGAUGUGAAUGAAUGCGUCGUAACGGACAUGAGUCCUUGCAGUGUUCAAUGUGUCAACACCUUUGGCAGCUACCAUUGCACAUGCCCAGUAGGAUACCAGCUAGGUGCUGAUGGUCGAUCAUGUACUCUACCUUGCGGAAGGGAAUGCAUGAAUGGCGGCACCUGUAAUAGAGGGGUGUGCGAAUGCGCCCCAGGAUUCACAGGGACGGACUGCAGUCGGGAUAUUGAUGAGUGUGCAAGUGGAUUGAACCGUUGUCCUGAUGCCUGUCAGAACACCUAUGGUAGCUACAGAUGUUCCUGUCCUCUAGGAUUCCAGAUCUCAACGGAUGGAACAGGAUGCAUUGAUGUUAAUGAAUGCCUAGCAGAAGGAUUACAGUGUGCACACCGAUGUACCAACCUACCCGGUAGCUAUGCCUGUACCUGCCCCAUCGGACAACGCCUUGGACCUGAUAGAUUCUCUUGUAUCGAUGUCCCCUGCAUCCCACCAUGUGUGAACGGAGGUCAGUGCGUGAGAGGGGCGUGUCAGUGCCCCAUCGGUUUCAUAGGGGAAGACUGCAGCCAGGAGAGACCAUGUGAUGAUGUGUGCCGCAAUGGAGGAUUCUGUUACCAAGGGGCGUGUCAGUGCGGUGCAGGAUUCACCGGGGAGUUCUGUCAAACAAGAGUGUGUGAGCCGGCCUGUAUCAACGGAGGGGUGUGCAAUGCAGGGGUGUGUCAAUGUCCAUCUGGUUUCAGCGGACUCUACUGUCAGGAAAGAGUGUGUGAUCCACCCUGUAUGCAUGAUGGUACCUGUAUUGCGGGUGUGUGCGUCUGUCAGCCAGGAUUUACAGGAAAAGUGUGCCAAGAUUUAGAUUGCAUCCGACCCUGCCAGAAUGGAGGAACAUGUAACUUUGGAGCAUGUGUGUGUCCCACUGGAUAUGAGGGUAUAGCAUGUGAAUUAGAAACUUGCAACCCCCCUUGUCUGAAUGGAGGAACCUGUUUCCAAGGCAACUGUGUUUGUCCACUCCACUACUCUGGACUCCAGUGUGAAAGCAGAGAAUGCUGGCCCUUGUGUCAAAAUGGAGGAGUCUGCCUGGAUGGGUUAUGUGAAUGUCCCUAUGGAUAUCUUGGGCAGUAUUGCCAAAUCAGAUUGGCUGGAUGUGAACAGAGACCUUGUCAGAAUGGAGGGACCUGUGUGAACGGAACCUGCAUAUGUCAUGCAUCUUACUCAGGCCCAUUCUGCAGUAUUGUAGCUAUCACUCCCUGUGAUCCACCAUGUUUUAACGGAGGUGUAUGCGUCAAUGGUGUGUGUGAAUGCGAGGAUGGAUCGACUGGUCAGUUCUGUCAGCACUCGGCAAGCCUUGAGGCAUUCAAUAUCCACAUCUACCCCAACCCUAACAAUGAUCACAUGGUCGGGAAGACAGUGGGCUUCAUCUGCGAGACGAACUCAACCAGUUUGUUGGACAUCCCGCAAUGGUACGACCAGAAUGAUAUGCCUAUCCUCAGCAGAACAGAAGCUCCUGGCCACCGAAUAUACUAUGAACCGAUUGCUCAGAAUGCUUCUUACCUCAUCGUCAAAGAUCUCAAUGCUGAUGAUAGAGGGCGCUACGUAUGUGCUGCUGGCCUGACAAUGCGGCUUGCUAUGACCCUAGUGGUCUAUGUCCCCCAGUGUCAGGAGCCUUGUCUCAAUGGUGGAACUUGCUUCAACAAUAUGUGCAUGUGUCGCAGUGGAUUUGAAGGACCACGCUGUGAAAUAGAGAUGGAUCGUUGUCCUGCCUGUGCCAAUGGUGGGUACUGUAUCAAUUACAAAUGCAUCUGUCCAUAUGGCUUUGUUGGAACCAUGUGUCAAAUAUCAGUUGGGGAGGAGUAUUACGUGAGACUGACUAUACCUUCAGACCAGUCCCCUACUGUUGGAGGGAUGGUGACAGUGAUCUGCGAGGUCGUUGGGUGGUCACCCACUGCUGGCCUUCCAGAGAUCACCUGGGUCCUCCCUAGCGGACAGACGAUCUUCAAUAGACAAGUUGUGAACUUAGGGUCCAUGGUCCAGCAAGGCCCGUCAGUGGAGGUACUGUCAGCCACAGCAUCCAGACUUACCCUGGUGAACUUCCAGCCACAACUCUCGGGCAACUACAACUGCAGCGUAGGGGGAGAGGUUGCUUCUAUUCUCCUGACUCUUGAAUGUUGGCCAGAGUGCUUGAAUGGUGGGACGUGCUUCAACGGCAAAUGCUUGUGUUCAGCAAACUUUAGAGGAGAGCGUUGCGAGGUCCCAGUCGGUGGACUGGUGGGUCAAUGUUUGAUUCCAUGUGCUAGUGGUGGUACCUGUAUCUUUGGACAGUGUGUUUGCCCUGAUGGUUACCAUGGCAACUACUGUGAGAUGGGAGAGCCAGAGAUGAGCUGUGUCCAGGAUUGCUUGAAUGGAGGAAGUUGCAUCAAUGGUCUCUGUGUCUGUCCGGAUGGAUAUGUUGGCUUCGCCUGUGAAAUACCAAUCUGCUUCCCAUCCUGCCUGAAUGAGGGUGUAUGCUACCAAGGACGUUGCGUAUGUCAGCAAGGGUAUGAAGGCAUCAGAUGCGAAUUCGAAACAUGCUUCACCCCCUGUAGCAAUGGAGGAACAUGCGUGAACAGGAUCUGUGAAUGUGCUCAAGGAUUCGGUGGACCCUCCUGUGAAGUGUCUUUAAUCAUCAUUCCUGGCCAGACUGUGAUUGAAAGGGACAACACUGUGUCUUUCACCUGUAUCUAUGAUGCUAACCCAUCCGCUUCACCAAUAUGGUAUGGCCCUGAUGGGACAGUGGUUCCUGCGAUAUCAUUAGUACGAGGUGAUCUAGGAUCUGGAUACUCUGUGUUUGUGGAGGAACUCUAUGGCCAAGGCGUAAGACUCACUAUCCCAAACAUGGGUCCAGGUUUCCAAGGGAUAUAUACUUGUCAGUUUGGAGGCAUUAUCAACCAAGUCAACGUUAGUCUGGAUAUCACAAAUGGAGUGUCUACCAUCGCACCUCUGACAGGGGCAACUUUGCCCCUCUUGGUCAUCACGACAGCCCCGCCCACUGUCACCCCGCCACCUGCCACGCCCAGUUCAAACUCCUGUACGUUGAUCCAGUCAGAUAUAUGUAGUAUUCUACCGUAUCGGUACGCAUCGUUUCCCAACACAUUCGCCAGGGAUGCCGAGAUUGCUCACCUGAUCAUCUCGUCACUCACUCUGUAUUUUGAUGAAUGCUCUGCCAACGCGACCUUUGCUCUCUGCUACCUGUUCUACCAACCCUGCGAUGCUGCUAACGUCAUGUGUGCCGACGUUUGCGAGAUUGCACAGAAUCACUGCCACCCGUUUGCGAGCCGGAUGCUGACGGUCUAUGGCAUGACUGUGACGAGGAACAUGCUGGAACUCUGUGCUAGCCUACCUGAUACAGACUGUAUAAGACCAAACCCAAGGCCUCCUCCAGAGAGAACUGGCUGUCCUGGUGAAUGUUUGAACGGUGGAGAGUGUCAGGAUGGCAGCUGCUUGUGCUCUCUUGACUUUACUGGAGAAUUAUGUGAAACAGAAAUGACUACAGACACUGUGUUCCAGAUUGUCAUCACAUCAGACUAUGAAGGCAUUGUCUACGAGGGUCUGAAUAUAACUGUUAUGUGUGAGGUCCAAGGAUCAAGCCUCCUCAACUAUCCCGUCUGGACUGGUCCGAACGGACAACAGGUCUUACCGCAGCAACCUGGUGUCUCCGAUCGGAUCUAUGUCGACCAGGUCUCAUCUAACACCAUGCGUCUUGUCAUCAAUAACGUCCAGGCCACCGACGAAGGUAGCUACUUCUGUAAUGUUGGUUUGCAAUCUGCACCAUACACCCUCUAUAUUACGGUACCAGACUGCCUGUUGGAUCCUUGUCUAAAUGGAGGCUCUUGUGAGGGUGGAGAAUGCCAGUGCCUUGUUGGAUUCAGGGGACCACGAUGCGAAGAGCCAGUGGUAGUGGAAUAUACCAUCACCAUCAUACCAACUCCUAGUGGUGAGAUACCCAUUGGUAGUGAUCUGAGUUUCCUCUGUCAGGUUGAGGGUGCCCACGUCACACCGGUAUGGCUCCACCCUGAAGGAUAUGCUAUCCAACCAAGGUCACCAAAUUCCACUUUUUUCACCGAGGCAAUCAGUGAUAACACGGUCCGCCUGGUCCUAACUAAUAUCAGACCGGUAGAUUCUGGGUCGUAUCUCUGCCUCCUUGGUACCAGCUUCAAAGAAAUCAACAUCACUGUUCAAUCUGGACCGAGGUUCAACGUGAUAAUUACAUCAAAUUUUACCGUGCCACCCACCCCAGGAGCGGACCUUAUCUUCAUCUGCGAAAUGUCUCAACCCGACACUUCUACGUCCCCUAUCUGGUAUUAUCCCGAUGGUAGCCCUAUUAUUUCACGAACAAUCGGAACAGGUGAGGAAGCAGAUUUAUUUACUAUGGCCCUUAUUGUGGUGUGGUGUGGUGCUUAUGGCAGCAUUGAUGGUGGUGCUUAUAAAUAA